AAUGAUGCUGAAUGAAUUUACAUCGUUCUUUGAUAAUCUCGAAGUUAUUAAUAAAAUCAAACAUAUCUGGUCAAAGUUUUAGCUCAGUAUAUAUGAAGUAAAUAAAUUAUGAAAAUCCAUAGAAAGAUUCAAUUAUUUUCGAAUCUGUGUGUCAUAAAAUUAGCAGAAAAACUUAAAAGCUUAAACCAAUUAUAAUUCAAUUGGGUCAAGAACAUUUGUAUUUAUUUAAAAAUAAGAAUCCUCAUGGCAUGUUAUUAUUGACUGUAGUAGUGAUGACUAUAUAAAAAAAUGAGAAUGGACUUAUGAUUAGAUUGUUGAAAAAUGGAUAAUAUAUUGAUAUUAUAACAACAGAUGCAAUGUUAUUGAAAUAACUAUUAGCAUUUAAAUGUCUAUAAACAACCUUUCAUGAGGAAUUUGGAGUAACAAAAAUGAUAGGGAAAGGCAGUUUUGCUAAAGUUUAUUUAGCAUCUAAGAAAUAGACUGGUGCUUAGUAUGCUAUAAAGGCAUUUAACAAAGAAUUUAUGUUAGAGCAAUUCAAAGGUAAGGAAAGUUUAGAGAAUGAAAUACGUGUGAUGAGAAGGUUGAAUUAAGAUAAUCUUGUCCAUUUACAUGAAGCAUAUGAGACAUAGAAUUCAAUAUACUUUGUAAUUGAUCUUUUAUAAGGUGGAGAACUACUUGCUAGAGCAAAAACUAAUCCAUUUUCAUUAGAUACACUCUAAAAACUUAUGUAUAACUUUAUUAAAGCUUUGGUACAUAUACAUAGUAAGAAAUGCAUACAUAGAGAUUUGAAACCAGAAAAUUUAUUACUUAAAUCAAAAGAUUCUAAUGUAGAUGUAGUAAUAGCAGAUUUUGGACUUGCAGCAUUUUUAGGAGAGGAAAUUCUAUUUAAAAGAUGUGGCACUCCUGGGUUUGUUGCACCUGAAAUAUUAAUGUAUAAAGAGGAUGAUCCUUUUUAUGAUGAAAAAUGUGAUAUCUUUAGUGCUGGUGUUAUAUUUUAUAUCUUAUUGACUGGCAAACAACCUUUUUAAGGAGCUGACUAUAAAGCAAUUUUAAGGGCUAAUAAGAAUUGUGAAAUUAAUUACAACAUUAAGCAAAUUCAAUAGGUAUUUUGAUUUAUUCUAAAUAGGCAUCUCCAAAAUUGUAAGAAUUAAUAAGAAAAAUGUUAUAAUAAAAUCCAAAAGAUAGGCCAAGUGCUGAAGCUUGUUUAUAACAUCCUUAUUUUGAAGAAAUCUUUAAUAAAAAUGAUUUAGUUGAAAUUCAUGAAAAUUUAAUUGAAUAUGAAAUAGAACAUGAACAUAGAUUAUAAAAGAAAGGAAGCUUUGAUAGUCAAGUAGGUUCAAUGGAAUUAGUAGUUAGAACUCCAAUUUUAAAUGGUAGAACUGAUACAAUUGGAUCUUUAUCUGUUUGUUCAGGAUAAGGAUCUACUAGUCGUUUAGAGAAACCAUAACCCUAAUUAUAAUAACAAUCAAAAUUUAGUUAGUUUUGUUAAACUAUGAAAACAGUGUAAUAAGAUACAAAUACUAAUACUAUGGCUUCUCCAUAAAAUAAAAAAAAAGAUUAACAAGAUUUACAUAAAUUUGCAUUAAAGAAUUCUUAUUAACAAAAAUAAAUGAGUAAGGAUGAUGAUUUUGUAAAUGAAGAAUCAGCACAUUUAGAUGAUGCAAUUUAGAAAUUGAAUAGUUAAGCUCCAAAAAUAGGAUUAUUUAAAAAGAGUGCUUCAUACAAAGUACCAAAAUCAACUUAAGAAUGA